ACGACUCGCUUACCUGAGUCCGUCUACACGAUCCACGUCAUCACUCCCGACCGUCGUGUCUACUUUUUCGAGGGGAACGAGGCUUCGGAAGUAUCACAUACUGCAGACCACCUAUUUGGUGUUUUGGAUGGUGUGAUUAUUCUGAUCGGGUCCAAACGCUUCUCCGGAAUUUGCUCUGAUGACACAGGAAACACGCGUGUCGCUCGUAAGAAAAUUCAAAAGAAAUAUCCUUGGAUUCUGAACACACCGGAUCCAUGUCACCGGAUGAACUUGCUUGUGAAGGACAUUUGCACGAUCCCCUUCUUCCAGCCUGCUAUCAAGACAACUCGCCGUGUUAUCAAAUUCUUCAAAAAAUCAACGCACGCAAAUUCACACCUACGAAGUGCACGCAAAACAUUCAAGGUGACUCGUGGUUUGGUGUCCAUUGGGAAAACUCGUUUCGGGACCAUGUACUUCUCGGGUGCAUCAGUGCAGCGUUGCCUGCCUGCCAUUCGAGACUUAUGUGGGAAUGGAACUGUAACAAUCCCAGACGUCAAUGAAUCAUUCAUGCCUGACACAGCAGAAACUUUGUCUUUCCAGCUCUUGCUCUCACAGCUCCUUGCCGUUAUAGGCCCCCCUGCCAAGGCAAUCAAGUGCAUGGAGUCGUCGUUUGCAAAUGCCGCCGAUGUAUACGAGUUUUGGCUAGCAGUCCAGGCCGCAUUUGAAGAAGUCAGCAAGAAAAAUACUGUGAAGCUACCUGUUGCCGUCCUUGAGAAGAUUCGCCGUCUUUGUAAUUAUCGCUUCAACCAAACUAUCAACGAGGCUCCAUCGGAUAUAUUUGUUACUGCAUUUUUCCUCGUUCCUGCCAAUAGGAAUGCUGACAUCCUCAAACAUAUCAACCCUCUCUCCAUCGUACCUAUUACGAUCCACCGUGACACCAUUUCAGGUCUUGUGGCAUCCACGUCUGUCAAUGCUAACACGAACCAAACACUUUUACGGAUUGGCAAAUUCCUCGUUUCACAACUUCGAUUUGAGUACGAGUCCAAGGAUGACAGCCCUAUACAUGGCCUUGAUGCUGGCCUUGCUCUCGCAAAACUGAACGAACAAAUUGUUGCUUAUGCCAAGGGAGCCUGGCCAUUCAACCGCACGUUUACAGACAAGGCAAAUGUGGUGAAGUAUUGGCGCGAUUUCUUAGACCAUGACAAUGCAGAUGUUCUCGCGGUACUGUGCAAUCUAGUAUCUGACUGGUGUCUGUCUUGCUUACUCACAACUCGCAUUCGCAGCACUUCGCAGUGAAGAUUUUCGAUGUCACUGUCAAUUCGAUGGCGGACGAGCGUACAGCGUCAACGAUGAAUUGGUUGAACUCCGCAUUACGCAGCUCCCUCAAAAGUUCUACCAUUGUCAGUCAGGUUCAAGUUCGGCAGUGGGCUUUGAUGGAUCCUGAACGUGUUCGUGCUGUCCCAUCUUUUCUUCCUCUGCCUUCUCACUGUCCUGUCCCGUAGACCAAAAGGCCUCCCUCAAAACCAACAGUUAAGUUUCGUGACCUGGAAAGUACUCUUUUCAAUGUCGAUCUCGAUAGCAACGGUCAGAAAAGGAAACACGACAACUCCGAGUCGCAAGCAGAGGCUAACCCGGAGCCGCAGGAC